AUGGGACCCCAACCGGGCCAAAAGACAGUCCUCAUCACUGGGCGCGCCAAAUCCGAUAGGUGCACGCCCGGAGGCAUCGGCCAUGCCUUGGCUGUGGAGUUCCAUGAAAAGGGCCUGCACGUCAUCGCCACGGCCCGCAGGGUCGAGGUCGUCGAGGAGCUCGCGAGCAAGGGCAUGACGGCCCUCGAGCUCGACGUCACCAAGGCCGAGAGCAUCGCCAAGUGCAAGGCCGAGGUCGCCGAGCUGACGGGCGGCAGGCUCGACAUCCUCGUCAACAACGCCGGCCGCACCCACACGCACCCGGCCACAGACAUCGACCUGGACGACGUCCGCACCACCUUUGAGACCAACGUCUUUGGCGUCAUGGCCAUGUGCCAGGCCUUUGUGCCCCUGCUCAUCCCGGCCAAGGGCCUCAUCAUCAACAUCGCCUCGCUGGCCGCCGUCACGCCCUACGCCUUCGGCUCCGUCUACUGCGCGACCAAGGGCGCCGUGGCCUCGUACUCGCGCUGCCUGCGCAUCGAGCUGCGCGCCUACGGCGUGCGCGUCCUCGUCGCCAUGACGGGCACCGUCAAGUCCAUGACGGCGAGCCACUUCCACCGCACCCUGCCCGAGGGCAGCCUGUACGAGCGCGUGCGCGACGUGUUCGAGCGCCGCCUGACCUGGAGCCAGAACAACGCCACCGUGCCCACGUCGGCGUACGCGCGCAAGCUGGUCGCCGCGGCGCUGAGGCCCGAGCGGCCCGGCUGGAUGCGCGCGUGGCUCGGCCGCCCGGACUGGUUCUGGGCCGGCGGCAUGGCGAGCACGGUCUGGCUCGGGUCCUGGCUCGGCGAGUGGAUCGUCGACAUGGUGUGCUGGCGCAUGUUUGGGCUGUGGAGGCUGCAGGAGAUCCUGCAGAGGGAGGAGGCCAAGAGGAUUGCUUGA